GGGACAUCACAAUUAGCCUCACCUGUUGAUUUUGACAUUUUUGGAAGGAAAGUUUGGGACAGAGGCAAAGGGGAAAAGUGUGACCCUGUGUUCUGUCAUCCGUCUGGGUGAGUUUGGUGAGUUUUUUAUUUAGGGUCCUGCCAUUAUGGGAGAGGAAAGGGCCCUGAAGUAAUAACAGCACUCCUCUUUCCUUACCUUUCCUUCUCUCUGGGAUGGAUUACAGAUAUUUGGCUGAGCUGACACUCCUGCCCUGCUGAAACUCUGCUGCCUGGGACAUCCAAAAGAAGGACCAAACCUUCAGACAUUAGAGCUAUAUCUCAUCUCAGUAGUGUAUUUUAAUUUUAGGAAUCUCCCUAAAUUGCCACCAUGGCACUAAUGAAGGUGAAGUUUGACCUGAAGAAGCGGGUGAAACUGGCCCAGUUCGUAUGGCUGAUGUACUGGUUCUCAGUGAUGGCAGGCGUGCUGGUCUUCAGCAUGGGGCUGUUCUUUAAGAUCGAGCUGCGUAAGCGCUCAGAGAUGAUGGACAACAGCGAGAGCCAUUUCGUUCCUAACCUACUAAUCGGCGUGGGGCUGCUGGCCUGUGGGAUCAAUGCCAUGGGAGGCAAGAUCUGCUAUGACUCCCUGGAUCCCAGCAAGUUCUCCAGGUGGAAGCCUAUGCUCAAACCCUUCCUCGUCUCCUGUGUGGUUUUCAAUUGUCUCCUGGUGCUGACGGCUCUGCUCUGCUUCCUUAUGAGGAUCCCUCUCCAGUUCACGCUGGCCGAGGGCCUGAAGAACGCCCUGAAGUUCUACAAGGACACAGACACGCCGGGACGCUGCUACAUGAAGAGAACCCUGGACCAGAUGCAGAUGGAGUUCCGUUGCUGCGGCAACAACAACUUCAGGGACUGGUUCGAGAUCCAGUGGGUCAGCAAUCGCUACCUGGACUUCAGUGCCAAGGAAGUAAAAGAUCGUAUCGGCAGCAACGUGGAUGGGAAGUACCUGAUGGAUGCUGUUCCAUUCAGCUGCUGUAACCCCGGCUCCCCUCGGCCCUGCAUCCAGUACCAGGUGACCAACAACACGGCCCACUACUCCUACGACCACCACACUGAGGACCUGAACAUCUGGAAACGGGGCUGCCGCGACGCUCUGAUUUCCUACUACGGAGGCAUGAUGAACAGCAUAGGAGCCCUGGUGCUGCUGGUCACUAUUCUGGAGGUUAUUGUGAUGAUCGGCCUCCAGUACGUGAAUACCUCCCUGUCUAACCUGGCCAACCCAGAGGACCCAGAGUGUGAGAGCGAAGGCUGGAUCCUGGAGAAGACAGUGAAGGAGACGUUUACUGACAUCAUGGACAAGAUGAAAGCCAUGAGUAAAGGCAAUGCAGUGGACGAGGCCGGAGUGGAUGGUGUUGCCACGGGCAGCUGAACAAGACACGUUGACACAAACUGAGACCAUUCCCACCGAAGGGAAGAAAGGCAGAUUGAACAAAUACUCCUUUGUAUUUAUUACACAAAAUACACACAUAAUACACACAUACAUGCCCGACACACACAAUACUGUCCAUCUGAAGGGAAAACUGAAAUGGAUACGAUAUGUUACGAUAUGUUGAAUGUACGAAUGCAUGAAUGUAUGUAUAAGUCACAUUAUAACCAAUUUCCAUUAUGCCCUCCCCCACUCCAAUACACACAGACUAACACACAAUACACACUUUUUCUAACACUCAUACCUUUUCCACACACACACACACACACACACACACACACACACACACACACACACACACACACACACACACACACACACACACACACACACACACACACACACACACACACACACACACACACACACACACACACACACACACACACACACACACACACACGCGCACACACACACACACACACACACACUCUCCUCUCCCCAGCUUUGCUACUCUGCUUCUUACAUUCUGUAUAAUUCUGCUCUGUUUCAUAUUUUAUUUUUAGCCCAUUUUCUAUAAAACGAGGGAAAAACGAAACACUACCCAGUGUCAUGAAAAUGCAUAAUGUUCAGAUGUUUUGCAUUGCACUGUGAAAAUGCAUUUUUAAGAGUAAGGUCAGGAAACCAGGUAUGUUGUGUUUUAUGAAUAAUGUGGGGCUGGUGGUUGCGAUGCAACCCGCUCCCCUUCCCAGAGAGGACGUUAAAGUGGAAAGGUUAAAUGUUAAUUCAUAGCCCAAGGGAUAUAUGUUUUGGAUCCACCUGUAGUGCAGUUUUUUCGAUUAGAUAAUUCAUAGAAAAUUCCAAAGAAAAGGACUGAAACACCCCAGAUAUCAACGCUUUAAAGUUCUUAAUUUCUAACUGUUAAUUUGAGAGAUGGAGGAGGGCUGGAGACUCCUGGGCUGGAAGAGGUGGAUCCAUUUCACCCUAACCCGAUGUUGUUGAAGUUUGGGGAGGAGGACUGGAGACUCCUGGGCUGGAAGAGGUGGAACUAUUUUAUGCUAACCGAUAUUGUUGAAGUUUGGGGUUGAGGGGCUAAAGGAGACGUGGCGGGGGUGAACCAGGGGUGACCCCAAAGUUGAGGACAUUUGAGACUGGCAGCUAAACCCCUGGCCUCUGACCCCUGAACUCUGACCCCAGCCGUCUGCUCUGUGAGGUCACUCAGCAGGUCCAAUCAGCAUUCUCUUAUUGGAUUAUCAAGAGCUACUGUACAUACCCACACACUCACAGGCUACUGUUGUCUUUGUAAAUAGUCUAGUAUUGAUACAUAACUUUUUUUUAACCGUGUAAUUCAUUUAAAUGAUUUUAUUUACUGUAAAGAAAAUGCUUUGCCAUGAGAAAUCCUUCUGUUUUUCUUUCUGUAUGUUGUGUAGAAGGAUGAUGAGGCCAUUGUGUAAAUGAAAAUGCUAAUAAAGAAGCUAGCCCUGUGAAGUAGAGUUGGA